CAAUACUUGGUAAGCGUAAAACGUUUGCCUAGAAUUUCUUGACGUGAAAACCGUCACUUAUGAAAACUAAAAGGUCUAACGGCUGAGUAGAGAAAUCUAAAUGGGCUCUGCGAAGAUAUGUCGAGCGUGCUUGUCACCUGAGGGACGAGUAAGUCUUCUAGAUUGGUAUCAACCUAUUGACUACUUGGAUUAUAUUUUAUCAUACAAAGAGUGUUUUUGCAAAUGCACUCAAAUAAAUCUUAGUUUAAAAAACGAGGAUACCGAAACUAAUGAGAGCCGAUCUCAAUAUUUGUGCCAAUAUUGUGCCCAAAGGCUCACGGAUGCAUACGACUUUAUUGAAAAAGCAAGGAGAUCCGAUACUGAAUUACGUUCUACACUAAUUGAGGGAGUGAGUUUAGACAGUUUGGCAAAUAAUUUUGAAUGGGUUCCAGUAAAGGAAAAAAUAUUGGAUGUUGAUGACUCAGACACUCAGCUAGAAGCCAAGUGUUGCCUUGAAGAUAUAGCGACCACAAGUGAAUUAAAUGAUAACCUAACAGAUGGAAAAGAGCCUUCUCUAACCAAAGAUUUCAGCGAAGAAAUACAAGCAGGUAACGAAUGGGAUGGGGGUGAUUUAUCAAAUGUAAGCGAUAAAACAUUCUUGCCUCACAAAAAACUAAAAAUUAAAAUGAAGAAAACUCAAGUUAAAAGGAAGGAUGGGCUUAAAAGCAAUGUGAAAGGUGAUGACAUUGUAACGUGCGAGGAAUGUAAAAAAACUAUGAUGAGAUCGGUGCUGCGGAAACACAAGUCAAUUCACAAACCUAAGGUUUUUCUUUGUCAAUCAUGUCCAAAGACAUUUCGGGAUUCCAAUGGCCUAAAAUAUCAUGAACUUAUUCAUCAAGAGAAUCGAAAUAGAUACCCAUGUGAAAAAUGUCACCAGAAAUUUUUAUCGCCAUAUACAUAUAAGAGACAUUUGGAGACACAUGAAAGCAACAGAAAACCGAUAUAUAAGUGUUCCAAGUGUGAUAAAACAUUCUUGCAUAAAAACGGCUUAACAAUCCACGAACUUCACCACCAAGGAGCAACACUAGAAUGCAAUAUUUGCCAAAAACGUUAUGUUCGACAAAUAGAUCUGGAUACACAUUUACGAACACAUUCAGGGGAAUCACCAUUUGUAUGCCAUAUAUGUGGAAAAUCUUUUAUCCAUAAACGUAUUCUCAAUAGACACAUGCAGUAUCAUGAAGGAUACUUCAGCUACACAUGCAUAACUUGUGGAGUUAAAUUUUCAAAAUAUGACCAAUACUACAAUCACCGAAUGCAGCACACUGGCUUACCUUAUAAAUGCGGCUUAUGUGAAAAACAGUUUCCUGAUGCUUACAAAAUCAAGCGACAUAUUAGAGGAGUUCAUAAAAUUUUGGAAAGCAACGAAGUAGCAAAAUCGGUUGUAAAAAUAAAUUCAACAAAAGAACAUAGAGGACGAAUAGUGGAGGUUUUGAAGAACCCGGAAGACGAAAAACAAACACAAACUUGAUUUCAGUCCUCUUCUGUGUAAUGAAUAAAAAGCUCUUUUCUUGAUAAAUUGGCAAGUUCUCAAAUACUCUUGAUAGUGCUUUUUUAUAAAUAAAACAAUUUUUUACUGUAUGAGCAUAAUUGUGGAUAAGAAAUUGUUAGCAUGGAAUAUACAUACUUUACUUAUA